UCUCGCGAGGUUACGUUGUCCCGGAAGUAGCUGAGCGCUGUGAUCGAGGGGCGCUGUUCGUACCGUGAUGUGUGGGGAUUGUGUGGAGAAGGAAUAUCCAAAUCGGGGUAACACCUGCCUGGAGAAUGGGUCUUUUUUGCUGAACUACAUAGGCUGUGCAAUGUGCAAUAAACGGGACUUUAUGCUGAUUGCAAACAAAUCCAUGAAAGAGGAAGAUGGAGAAGAAAUAGUUACCUAUGAUCAUGUGUGUAAGAAUUGUCAUCACAUAGUAGCCAGGCAUGAGUAUACAUUCAGUGUCAUGGAUGAAUAUCAGGAAUAUACCAUGCUGUGUUUGUUAUGUGGCAAAGCAGAAGAUUCCAUCAGUGUCCUCCCUGAUGACCCCCGACAAAUGGCUCCAUUGUUCUGAACAUGUCACACUUUUACUGUGACAACUAUUUCACCUGAUAGUUUCACAUUUUAUUUUCAGUUCAAAUGGUUCACUUUUUUCAAAGUUCAAAAAUGGCUAUUAAAAAAAUGUUCUAAGGAGGUGUUCCUCCCUAGAGCUGAACCCCUGACAGAGCCUCCUGUUGACAUCACUGGAGUCAGAAUGGUACUAGUAGCUGCAUGUCUCUGGGAGAAAUAAAAUGACUUAAAUUGCCCAAACAAGUAUAUCUUUUGAGGAGUAAUUAAAUGUCUCUCUUUUUGUAAUGGAAUAAAAACUGGCCUGCAAAUCAGAAAA